AUGCGUCGACAGAUGGCCCUGCAGCUGCCUCUGCUGGCACUCACAGCAACCGCGUCGCUCGCCGCGUCGCCUGCUGCACAACCGCCAGCUUCAUGUCCAGACUACGCCGAGUAUUCCAAGACCAAGCACCCUCCGUACAGCUCCGGCCCGCUCCAGCUUGGAUACAUGCGCCCGGAGCCUCAAUGUCGCACAUUCAACUCGUCGGACGUGGGGGAUAUCCUCAAGGACAUGGAGGGAGCCAUCGCCAACCCGGAUCUCUACCGCUUCUUCCACAACGCCUACCCCAACACGCUCGACACGGCGAUCCGAUGGCACGGCGUGGCGGCCGACAACCCGGAUGAGGAGCUGACGUUUGUCAUCACGGGCGACAUUGACGCCAUGUGGCUGCGCGAUUCGGCGAACCAGAUGCAGUCGUACCUGCCCGUGCUCAAGCCGUCCGACUCGAAAGACAGCAUCGCGUCCCUCUUCAGGGGCGUGAUCAACCUGCAGGCCCGCUACCUCCUCGCCUCGCCCUACUGCAACAGCUUCCAGGCGCCCGCCGAGUCGGCCAUCCCGCCGGCCGUCAACGGCGCCGCCAAGCAGGACGCCGUCAAGCCGCCGUACGACAACGCCACGGUCUUCGAGUGCAAGUACGAGCUCGACAGCCUCGCGGCCUUUUUGCAGGUCUCGUCACAGUACCUCGACGCGACGGCCGACGAGGGCUUCUUCGCCCGGUUCGCCUGGGCGAGGGCCGCGCGGGCGGUGCUCGACACGGCGCGCGCCAUGACGCGGCCCACGUACGGCGAGGACGGCCGCGUGCUCGAGAACCCGUACACCUUCACGCGGGACACGACGCGGGCGACCGAGACGCUGGCCAACGACGGGGCCGGCAGCCCCGUCGCCAACGGCACGGGCCUCGUGCGCUCCGCGUUCCGCCCCAGCGACGACAGCACCAUCUUCCAGCUCCUGGUGCCUUCCAACAUGAUGUUCUCGUACUACCUGCGCAAGGCGGCGGGGAUCGCGACGGCCGUCGGCGAGGCGGCGCUGGCGGGCGAGAUGACGAGCCUCGCGGAGCAGAUCCGCGACGGGAUAGCGCGGCACGCCGUCGUGCGCAAGGGCGGGCCCGACGGGCCCAAGGUGUUCGCGUUCGAGGUCGACGGGUUCGGGUCCGCGGUCGUCAUGGACGACGCCAACGUGCCGAGCCUGCUGGCCGCGCCGUUCUGGGAGUUCGACAAGGGCGACUUUGCCGAGAUCUACGCCAACACGCGGCGCGCGGUGCUAGACGAGGACGGGCCGGACGGGAACCCUUACUUCAUGAGGGGCCCCGUGCUGAGCGCCGUGGGGGGGCCGCACGUCGGGCCCGGCAAGGGGUGGCCCAUGGCCAGCGUGGUGCGGAUACUGACGAGCGACGACGACGGGGAGAUCACGGGCGUGCUGGGCGAGGUGCUGCGGAGCACGGACGGGAUCGGGCUUAUGCAUGAGAGUGUUGAUGCGUUCAAUGCGAGUAUCUGGACACGGCAGUGGUGA